UAUGGCGACCUUUCGCUUGGUUUACAAAAAUCAAAUUCAGCACGUGUGUGAAGGUGCCAAACUUUAAUCGCAAAAAUAUGGGUGACAACAGACAGGAGCAGACUUACGAUGGCCCCGCCGGUAUGCAGCCGGAUGGAGUGAUCGAGUCUAACUGGAACGAUAACGUCGAUAAUUUCGACGAUAUGGGCCUAAAGGAGCAGCUGCUUCGUGGAAUCUACGCCUAUGGUUUCGAGAAGCCGUCUGCGAUUCAGCAACGUGCUAUUAUGCCGUGCAUCAAGGGCCACGAUGUUAUCGCACAAGCCCAGUCUGGUACUGGUAAAACGGCUACGUUUUCCAUUGCGAUCUUGCAAAAGAUCGACACGAGCAUUUCAGAAUGCCAAGCGCUGAUUCUGGCUCCGACUCGCGAGCUGGCGACCCAAAUUCAAAAGGUCGUAAUCGCUUUGGGCGAUUACCUGAACGCUCAAUGCCACGCAUGUAUUGGUGGUACCAACGUCCGCGAUGAUAUGCGCAAGUUGGAAUUGGGUUGCCACAUUGUAGUUGGAACUCCGGGACGUGUGCACGAUAUGAUUAGCCGCAACUUCUUGCGUACCACUCACAUCAAGCUGUUCGUUCUGGAUGAAGCUGACGAAAUGUUGUCGCGUGGUUUCAAGGACCAGAUUCAGGAUGUUUUCCUAAAGCUGCCGAACGAUGUGCAGGUCAUUCUGCUGUCAGCUACCAUGCCGGCUGAGGUUCUGGAAGUAUCCACCCACUUCAUGCGCGAUCCAGUCAAGAUUCUGGUUAAAAAAGAGGAGCUUACGUUGGAAGGUAUUAAACAAUUCUAUAUCGAUGUGAAGCAGGAAGGUUGGAAACUCGGCACGCUGUGCGAUUUGUACGACACGCUUUCCAUCACCCAGGCUGUUAUAUUCUGUAACACCCGUCGUAAGGUCGAUCAGCUAACUGCCGAUAUGGCCGCUGAGAGUUUCACCGUGUCUUCCAUGCACGGCGAUAUGGAACAGCGUGAUCGUGAUCUGAUUAUGAAGCAGUUCCGUACUGGUUCGUCGCGUGUUCUGAUCACUACCGAUCUCCUCGCUCGUGGUAUUGAUGUGCAGCAGGUUUCUUUAGUUAUUAAUUAUGAUCUACCAACGUUACGUGAAAACUACAUCCACAGAAUUGGUCGUGGUGGCCGUUUCGGUCGUAAGGGAGUUGCUAUCAACUUCGUUACUGAAGCUGACAAGAGAGUGCUGACUGACAUUGAGAAACACUACAACACAACUAUUGAGGAGAUGCCAGCCAAUCUGGCUGAUAUGCUGUAAAUUCAACUAAAAAGCAAGCAAUACAGCAAACAAGUAAAAACGUCAUCUCUAGCAUCAGCAGCAACAUCAAAAAUAGCAACAACAUCAGCAGCAGCAGCAGUAAUUACAGCAACAAUAAUAAUAAUCAGCAGCCAUUGAGCGUUUGUUUGCGAUUUAGCAAACGGAAUACCAUCAAAAAGACGACGGCUACCGUUACUACGACCGACAAGAAGCCUGCAUACGCUCUGUAUAUUACCAUCCGACGUAUGCGUCGUAGUUGAAUUUCAGUUCCGAAGUAAGAUUCUACUCAAAUUCAGGUGGUGACAUAAUUCCUGUUCUUAGUCCCGUAAACAUCCAUCGGGAAAAAUCUUAACCAAUAUUACAUGUGUACUGCAAAUCAACAAUCAUCAUCGAGUUGAAUAAAAUCUAGAAGGCAACCAAACAAAAUUAGAUACAAAGUUUAGUAAUCAACAUCUUUAUCAACUUCAAAGAAACAUCCUGCUUUUCAAACUCUUGUUUUUAAUUCCUACUCCAAACAUAAAUGUAAACUCGUUUAGCGCUAGUUAAUAUCAGUUAACGCAGUUAAAAUUAUUGAUAAUAUCAGUGGCCGUACUAGCUGUUUCGGGGCCUCACCUCGUGAAUUAGAUGGCUUCUAUAUUGUGCAAAUAGUGGAUUUGGCAUCUAAGCUUCCCGGGGUGAGGACCCAAAACAGUGCAGCAAAAGAAGUACCCACGCGAUAGAGCAGUCUAACGAGCUACGGAUUAAGUAACUAGCAUUAGUAAAAAUUACUUUAAGGAUCCAACUUCCAAACACUAUUCAGUUAAUCAGGCCACGUAACAGUAGAAGGCCCAUGAAAGAAUCGAAAAUGCUUGGUACGUGGCAAGAUGAUGUUCUGCUGAGUUCUUUUCGAAUUUAAGCCUUUUCGUUGUAAAUUUUGUUCUAUUAUACAUGCGAAACAUGAAAACAUCUGCUUUAAAUAAAUCAAUAC